UGUGUGAGCACUGAGCGAGAGGCUUGACACGGGAGCGUUGCGGGAUGAGAGCAGAGAGAGGAGAGUCCUGUCUGUAGUCCAGCCAUAGCCGAGCGGAGCUGCAGCAUCGAGCCAGUGCAACAACACCGAGUAAGCUCACUCUGCAAACACACCUGAAGGCCGUAGAGGACCCAGGAGGAUUUAUAAAGCAGGAGGAAUAUAGUGACGGGCUGUACGUAGAAACAAGAAAGAAACUUCAUCGCAGAGCUUUUCUUCUCCAAGUGCACUUUGGGUAGCUCUGUGACAGACGCGGGCAGCUAUACCUUGAUGACACAUUAUGAGCACUAACUGCCGUUUCAACUGAGCAAGAUUUUGUCGGUGAAGGUCACAGAUGUAAUGAAGAAUGUGUCCCUUGUGCUUUUUUAAACCUGUCUGUCAGCGCAUCUGACCGUUUUCUGGAUCCCUCUGAAAUCUUUGGACUUGGUUGCUUAUUUUGUAGAUUGUGUGCUCUUACUAACGGAUCCUAGUAAAAAUUGACUUCAUCCAACAUGCGACCCAUCCCAUCCAGGUUCAGCUGUGUGUUCCUGCACUUAUUUGCAUUGUUCUACUACGCGCAGGUAACCAAUCAGUCCCCGCCUAAUUUCACGCAGCAUGUAAGCGAACAGAGCAAAGUGACGGACCGCACGAGCCGCAGGUUGAUCCGGAUCUACCAGCUUUACAGCCGGACCAGCGGCAAACAUGUACAGGUCCUGCCCAACAAGAAGAUCAACGCCAUGGCCGAGGAUGGAGAUGCGCACGCUAAACUCAUUGUGGAAACAGAUACUUUUGGAAGUCGAGUGCGCAUCAGGGGAGCUGAGACUGACCUAUACAUCUGCAUGAACAAGAGAGGGAAGCUCAUUGGCAAGAAAAACGGACAAGGCCGUGACUGUAUCUUCACCGAAAUCGUUCUGGAGAACAACUACACGGCGCUGAAGAACGUCCGUUAUGAGGGCUGGUACAUGGCUUUCACUCGUCGGGGGCGUCCACGGAAGGGCUCACGGACACGCCAGCACCAACGUGAAGUCCACUUCAUGAAGAGGCUGCCAAAGGGGCACCAGCCCACCCAUCCGAGCCACCACCGGCCUUUUGACUUCAUCCACUACCCUUUCAGUCAAAGGACUAAGCGUACGUGAUACCCGUCAGAGAAUAAAACGGAAAAGUCAGAGAAAAAGGAGAACCUGACUGGAUUUCUCUUCUCU